ACUAGAAUUAUCGAUAAGUCCACGUCCCUUGGCCAGCACUGUUUUGUUUGUAAUUUGUCUAAUUUCAACCUUCCGGCUCUGGAACGAGCAUUAAAUCCCCCACUUAGCUGGAAACCGAGCGCCGAGGCAAAUCGGUCGGUCUAGUAAGCGCUGUCGACCCUUCAGUUGGCUUGUCGUUUGUGCUUUCCGCACAGCCAGUUAUUGUUAGUUUCGACUAAAUUCAGGACAGCACACCGGUGUAGCUCCGCAAUUGAAUUUUUUAUAAGAAAUACAAGCAAAAUGACUAUGGAUCAGGUCAAAUAUUUGGAAACGCCCAUCAAGUCCGAGGCGGACAAGAAGCUCUACAAGAAUCUGCUUUUGAGCAAUGGACUGAGAGCUCUGAUUAUAUCAGAUCCCAGUCCAGUGCCACAUGAUGGGUUCACCACCUCGGAAUCAUCCUCAGCGUCGGCGGAGGAGAAGCCAGCGGAGAAAAAUGGAGAGGGAGCGGAGUCCACCAGUAGUAGUUCAGUGGUAACUACCAGCGAUGAGACAACCACCUCCUCCACUGAUAGCUCCGGCUCCUCGGACUCCGCCAGCGAGGAGGGUGACGAAAAGUUAGCUGCUUGUGCUUUAAUGAUUGAUUACGGUUCGUUUGCCGAGCCGCAGAAGUACCAAGGAUUGGCCCAUUUUCUGGAGCACAUGAUUUUUAUGGGCUCGGAGAAGUAUCCCGAGGAGAACAUCUUCGAUGCCCAUAUCAAGAAGUGUGGUGGCUUCAGCAAUGCCAAUACAGACUGUGAGGAUACCCUGUUCUAUUUCGAGGUGGCCGAAAAGCAUCUCGAUUCGAGCUUGGAUUACUUUACUGCCUUGAUGAAGGCGCCACUGAUGAAGCAGGAGGCCAUGCAGCGUGAACGCAUGUCCGUGGACUCAGAGUUUCAGCAGAUUGCCCAGGACGAUGAGACACGUCGUGAUCAGUUGCUGGCCAGUCUGGCCACCAAAGGAUUCCCGCACGGCACCUUCUCCUGGGGCAAUAUGAAGUCCCUCAAGGAGAACAUUAACGACGACGACUUGCACAAGGUGUUGCACGAGGUGCGGAAGGAGCAUUAUGGCGCCAAUCGCAUGUAUGCUGUCCUGCAGGCCCGCCUCCCCAUCGACGAACUGGAAUCCCUGGUGAUUCGUCAUUUUUCCGAUAUACCGUGUAACAACAACGUGGCACCGGACUUGUCGGUGUUCAGCUACAAGAACGCCUUCCGGCCCGAGUUCCACGAACAGGUGUUCUUCGUCAAGCCGGUGGAGAAUGAGUGUAAGCUGGAGCUGACCUGGGUGCUGCCGAGUGUACAUCAGUACUAUCGCAGCAAUCCGGAUCAGUUUCUGUCCUAUCUGCUGGGCUACGAGGGGCGCGGCAGCCUGUGCGCCUAUCUGAGGCGGCGCCUGUGGGCCCUGCACCUCAUAGCCGGCAUCGAUGAGAACGGUUUCGACACCAAUUCCAUGUACGCGCUAUUUAAUGUAUGCAUCUACCUGACGGACGAGGGCUUCGCUCAUAUAGACGAAGUACUGGCCGCCACCUUUGCGUAUGUGAAGCUAUUCUCCGACUGUGGCUCCCUUAAGACAGUCUACGAAGAGCAGCAACGCAUCGAGGACACCGGCUUUCGUUUCCAGGCCCAGCGUCCGGCCUUCGAUAAUGUCCAGCAGUUGGUCUAUAACUGCAAGUAUUUCCCGCCCAAGGACAUUCUCACCGGGAAGGAUCUGUACUACGAAUACAAGGAGGAGGAUCUCAAAGAGAUGAUCAGUCUGCUCAACGAGUUCAAGUUCAAUCUGAUGAUCACCUCGCGGGAUAAGUACGAGGGCAUCGAUGCCUACGACAAGCAGGAGGAUUGGUUCGGCACCGAAUACGCCACCAUACCGAUGCCGGACAAGUGGCGCAAGCUGUGGGAUGAAGCACCAACCAUACCGGAACUCUUCCUCCCCGAACCGAAUCGUUUUGUUACCCAGGACUUUACGCUGUUCUGGCAUGAGGCCGGCAAGCCGGAGCUACCUCUGGCGCCCAAGAAGCUGCUGAAAACGGAUACUUGCGAACUGUGGUUCCGGCAGGACGACAAGUACGAGCUGCCCGAGGCCCACAUGGCAUUCUAUUUCAUAUCGCCGCUGCAGCGCAAGAGUGCCAAGAACGACGCCAUGAGCACUCUGUACGAGGAACUGGUCAAGUUCCAUGUGUGCGAGGACCUGUAUCCCGCCAUUAGCGCCGGCCUGAGCUACACCUUCAACGCCAACGAGAAGGGUCUGCUGCUGAAGGUCAGCGGCUACAACGAGAAGCUCCACCUGAUCGUGGAGGCUAUCGCCGAUGGCAUGGUUAAUGUUGCCGAGACCCUGAAUGACGACAUCCUGGGCGCCUUCCGCAAGAACCAGCGCAAGACCUACUUCAAUACGUUGAUCAAGCCCCGUGCCCUCAAUAGGGACGUGCGACUCUGUGUCUUGGAGCACAUCCGUUGGCUGAUGAUCGACAAGUACAAGUGCCUGAACGACGUGACGCUGGAGGAUCUGCGCGACUUCGCCAGCCAAUUCCCACGGGAGCUGUACAUCCAGGCCCUCAUCCAGGGCAACUACACCGAGGAGUCGGCCCACAACGUUCUCAACUCUGUGAUCAGCCGGCUCAACUGCAAGCCGAUCAAGGAGCGUCACUUGGUGGAGGACAGAACGAUUCAGUUGCCUCUCGGCAGCCAUGUCAUCCGCUGCCACGCCCUCAACGAGGACGACACCAACACGGUGAUCACCAACUUCUAUCAGAUCGGUCCGAAUACGGUGCGGGUGGAGAGUAUCCUCGAUCUGAUGAUGAUGUUCGUCGAUGAGCCGCUCUUCGACCAGCUGAGGACCAAGGAGCAGCUGGGCUACCAUGUGGGCGCCACUGUCCGAAUCAAUUACGGCAUUGCCGGGUACUCCAUCAUGGUGAACUCGCAGGAGACCAAGACGACGGCCGCCUACGUGGAGGGACGGAUCGAGGCGUUCCGCUCCAAGAUGCUCCAGAUACUCCGCCAAAUGCCGGACGAUGAGUACGAGCAUACCCGGGACUCGCUGAUUAAGCUCAAGCUGGUGGCGGACAUGGCGCUGACCACGGAAGCGUCCCGCAACUGGGACGAGAUCAUCAACGAGGACUACCAGUUCGAUCGCCGAAGGCGGCAGAUCGAGGUGUUGCGGUCUCUGGCCAAGUCGGAGAUCAUUGAUUUCCUAUUGGAGACCGAUACCAAGAAUCUGCGCAAGCUGUCCGUCCAGGUCAUUGGACAUCGACCGGCGGAUAUGCCGGAACCGCAGCCCGGCCAGCAGACACUCAGCAGCGAGGAGGAGGCCACCACUGAGACGACAAGCGGAUCGGAGCGUAGCGACGAGGAUGACGAGGAGGAUGAGGAGGACGACGAAGAUGAGGAGGAGGAGGAGGAGGAUGACUUGUUUGCGGCACUCGAGAACAAGCUGAACAUUGUGUUCCUGCCGAAGGUCGGGGAGGAGCCGACUAUCGUGGACAUUGCCGACUUCAAGAAGUGCCUGGAGGUGUAUCCCAGGCGUAAGCUGGAGCCCGUCGAGGAGGAUGAGACCACCUGUGCCGCUCGCAUCGAAGAUGCCAUCGGAAAGGCGUGAAAUCCUGCCCGCCGGCCAUCCAUCGACCCAACCUCCCCCCUCAACAUUGUCACCUUCAUUACAUAACGCACUCCUCCACCCCCCGAUCGUUUGUCCACUUUAGCCAAAGCUCUAGAAGAUUAGUUCACCCCGGUAGCUCCUCCAAACCUGACCUACUCACCGAACCCGGCCCACAUUAGACCUGACCAAGUCGGUACACCCCACUGGAUAUUAGACACACUCUACACGGCACACAGUCUCAAAAUCAAUGACAAAUGCAUUUCGCUCUCACCAGGAGCCCCCAUCACGUACGUUUUAAUGUAUGAUGGCUCAGACUAUCUUUCGAACGGUUCUACAGCCGACCUAUGAAUCAAAAUUACAAGUAUAACGUAUA